AUUAAAAUAUAUACUACUCUUUUUUCUUCGUUUUCCAUAUAUAAAUAAUUAGCUAAUGUUCUUCCAAACAACAUAUUGCAAAAGUGGUCAAGUUCCAAUAUUGCAGCUAAAACAAACUCUUCUUUCUCUAACAGCUUGCAGUUUUCUGUUAUAUGGUUUAUGGUUGUUAGAGCCACUACUUCUGCAUUUCACUAAAUAAUACAGAGUUUCAUUCUGUUACAGAAACCCAACAUUUAAUUUUCUUGCAGACUGCAGCUAACUUAAUUGUAUUGAAGAGGUAAUAUCAAUGGAGAAUUUGGAUUGGAAUGAAACUCCGUUUAAUUUUGGAUCUUCAUUUGAUCCAAUACAUGUAAUAUCAAAUUGGAACAUGCCACAACGCCAAGAAGCUGCUAAUAGAUUGGCUGCUGAUUCUAUGGCUGCUAAAGCCGGAGCAGCAGAUCUAACCCGGGAUUGUACCGAUAUAGCCUUUUCUUCUUCCCCAAUACUCAAUAUGCCUAACAAUUACAUCACUGAUAAUAAUCCAUUAGGCCUAAUGUCCGAUUUCGGUGUCGAAAUUGCUAAGCCAAUCUCCAAUACUGUAUCUCUAGAAUCCAUUGAUUGUUUACUGUCAGCAACCACCACCAACAAUACAGACACGUCAAUCGAAGACGAUGGCAUGUCCGUAAUUUUUGCUGAUUCGAAUAGCUUGUGGAAUUCUGGAGAGUCUGCCGGAAUUAAUCCACAGCUGUUGAACUGUCUGCCUACUGAUCAUAAGAUACUGGAAGAAGAACAAAAUCAAAGAAAAAGAAAAUCUUAUGAACUUGAUGAAGCAGUUUCACAAUCAUCUCUGGGGAAUUCUUCGAACGAGUUCAAUCUAUUCCAGUCAAAUUCAUUAGGAGAUUGCGGUAAUUUCCAGCUUAUUUCAGAAAAACAAUCCAAAUCGAAGAAGAUGAGGUUAAUUGAGAGCUCUAAUAAGCGUCCAAGUUCAUCAAACAUCAAUUUCCAACAAGCUAGUUCAUCAGUAUCGUCAAUUGAUCAAGAGCCUGAUCCGGAGGCGAUCGCUCAGAUGAAAGAAAUGAUAUACCGAGCUGCAGCAUUCAGGCCGGUUGAUUUCGGUGCUGAAGUACUAGAAAAGCCUAAACGGAAGAAUGUAAAGAUAUCAACGGAUCCUCAGACGGUGGCGGCGAGGCAACGAAGAGAAAGGAUAAGUGAAAGGAUUAGGGUUUUGCAAAGGCUAGUACCAGGAGGAAGUAAAAUGGAUACAGCAUCAAUGCUUGAUGAAGCAGCAAAUUAUUUGAAAUUUUUGAGGACACAAGUGAAAGCAUUGGAAGCAAUAGGCCAAAAACAAGAUCCUUUUACUUCAAUAACACAAUUUAAUUACCCAAUUCCCAUGCAAUUACCACAUUUUCCACUACAAAACCCUAACCAAAUUCAUCGACCAAAGAGUUGACAUGUUCUCUUUUUUUUGUUGUUGAAAAGAAAUCCAGGAGGAAAGGGACAAUAAAGAUAUGUAGUGUAAAAACUUUUUAAGUUA